UGUCUGCUAAUGUUUACUGCUUGCAUGGUUUUGAAUUACUUUGGUAUUCAAAUAUAAUAACGUUUUUGUAGAUAACACGACGAAUAUUCUUAGAUAUAUUUUCUAUUAUAUUAGAUAGAGGGAAAAUGUGUGUUAUUCUGUUGAUUUCAAGCAACAUAAUAAAAUAAUGGGCUCUAAAACGCCUAAAAAUUUUUCGUGGAUUGAUGAAGGGAAACUUGCUGCAUUUGGGUGUCCAUCAACACCACAAAAUAUCCGUUAUCUAAUUGAAAACGACAUAACCUACCUUGUCACGCUUUCACCAGAAACUUCUCCUCCGAUUCAUGCAUUUCCUCAAAUUACAUGGGUUGAGAUAAAAAUAAGAGAGUUUCAUCCUCCUAGUAACUACCAAGUAGAAAAGUUCAUAAGCACUUGCGAAGAAGCUUUUUCCGAAAAUAAGGCUGUCGGAGUUCAUUGCCGGAUGGGUCGUGGUAGAACUGGAGUAAUGGCAGCAUGUUAUUUUGUCAAAUUCUGUGAUAUGACCCCUCAAAGUGCAAUGGGUUUAGUUCGAAAGAUGAGGCCAGGAUCUAUUGAAACAUACUCCCAGGAAGAGGCAGUAAUGGAUUAUUACUGGACAUUGUGCAAGAAAAGACAAUCUUGAUUCUUGACUUCUUUUCUUUAAGACAUCAUAACGUUGGAACAUACCAAAUUGGUGA